AUGGAACCCAACGAAACUGACGGGAGGGAUAACGGUAUUGGACCACCACCUCCAUCGAAUCGAAAUCACCGAUCACAAACACUCCAGCGUUCCACAAACGGCAGACAAGCUAAUAGACCAUUACACUCGGAUGCACAAGCAUUAGGACCGACUCAUCAAUGGUUGAACUCUACCAUUCCAUUAUCCCCAUCACUGAUCUCAUCCCCAGCUUCAGAAGCAAGCACGCGAUCAUGGAUGAGACGACCUCCGGUACCAUUCAGUUCCCCGGAAUCCGCGAGUGAUAGAACGCCCGAACCUCUCAGAAAUCCAGGUUAUCUUUCCGAUGGUACUCGAGCAGAUUCACCACAUCCCGAUUCAGAAGCUUAUGGUCAAAUCUAUGGUGAAGCGACAAGAAGAGAGUAUGAGAGAAGACGAGAUGCGGAAUUGGCCGUUCCACCAUACUUUAGAAGUUCCGGUCAAGCAAGAUCAAGUCAUGUUGGUUUUAGCAGAUCCUCGAGCCCUCAAGACGAGUCGAGGGGAUUGACAAGAGGAGGACGUCAAAGGAGGAAUACAUGCGAGGAUGAGAGAAGAAGAGGUGAAUCAUCUAGAAUUACUCACCCAGCUCCAGCUUCCACCUCCGCACCUGAUUGGACCGACGUAACAAUUCAAGCACUUCCAUCAUCGGCACUACGAUGUCAAUUCGGAUCCCCUCAAUUGUCCAAUACCUUAGAUCCAGAAGGUCUCGUUAAUCCAACCUCAUCGCCCACAGCUCAAGUUUCAAGCAACGACCACUUUCAAAGACAUUUGGAAGAAGAAAUGAAAUGCCCCAUUUGUAUGAGUGUCAUGGUUGCUCCUCAUCUAUUCACACCUUGUGGUCACGCAGUAUGUGGGAUUUGUGGGAUCGAGUGGAUAAGGGUUCGGGUCGGGGCCGAGUUACGCUGUGUUUGUCCUACGUGCCGAAGCUCAGUCGACUCGGAGCACCCGCUCAUACCCGCUCGAGCACUUGAAAGUAUAAUCAGGACAUGGAUAGACAACAAAAUGACCACCGAGGGUGGAUGGGAUGGAUUGGCUGAAUAUGAAGAAAGGACAGAGAUUUGGCGAGCCCAUGAUGCGAGCUCCUCAGCAUUUAAUAUCCCUUCUUUCACUCCUCAAGUCCUCCGUACACCUGAUAUAUUCAUCGAGCAAUACUAUAGUGGUAGAAGAGCCCCUAGACCUGGUUUCCCCAUAAAUCACGCAAGAGAAUUAAUGGACCGUGCGCAAGCUGCAGCGUUGGCCAUCCAUCGUCGUGGGCCCAAUGAACAGGUAGGAUCUCGUGGGGUGAUGAUUGAUCAGGAGAGAGGAGCCAUGACAAGAGUGUCCCUGUCGCAGCUCGGGUAUGAUGAAGCCCAGAUCCAUUUUGUACAAGAGAUGCUUACACGUAUCCGGCGUGUACAGCUUGAACAGCGUGAACGAGGCAUGGCAGAUCCCAAUGUCGAAUUACGACCACAGGAGGAUAAUAGAGGGGGGAGAAGAAGGUGA